AAGAAUUUGUCCAAAGACAUAUAAGUAGGAUUACCCCCACACCCAUUCUCUUUACAACUGCUCGCUUAUCCCUCGAUUUGCACUCUAACAUCGAGCCAAGCAACAAACAUCUCCAAAUCCAGCCAGAGUCUCUUGCUCCUGCUUUCAACGUGUUAUCUCCCACCUCUAACUCUCUCAAUGGCAACCGAAAAAGAAAAUCCUUCAACUGCCGCCGCCAUCACCGUUGAAGAUAACCCUAGCCAAACCCUAGACACAGCGGUCCCUGCUUCUACCAAGCCAGAUCGAGUCGAAGAUUCUACCAACACUGCAUCAUCUACCGUUGACUCAGCUACAGAAGGGGCUGCGCAGGGCGCCGAUAAUUCAAAGAGCGCUGCCCCGGCCACCGACACUGACAAGAAGAUCCGCCGUGCUGAGCGGUUUGGAAUUACUGUUCAGCUUUCCGAGCAAGAGAAGCGCAAUUCUCGUGCUGAAAGGUUUGGCACUGGAUCACAGGGGCCAGAGUCAGAGUCAGACUCAGUGAAGAAAUCAGAGGAGCUGAAGAGGAAGGCUAGAGCAGAGAGGUUUGGGAUUCCUGUGCCACCCACAGCUACUGCUGAGGAGACGAAGAAGAAAGCUCGUCAUGAAAGAUUUGCACCAGCUCCAGCUCCAAAAAUCGAUGCACUUGAAGAAAACAAAAGGAAGGCAAGGGCUCUCAGGUUUUCACAAAGUUCAUCUGAUUCCCUAUCAAUGAAUGGCAAGGGGGAUCUUGAGCCAAAGGCAGCUAUUGCAGGCAAGGCUGGUGGAGGGUCUUGAAAAGAGAUUUCCUUUGAUAUUUUUUAGGUUUAGUGUUAUAACAUGAGAGAUUCUCUUAGUGGCUUCUAUUCUCAUUUUAAUUUUCCAACAAAAGAACUCCCAGAUGCAGCACUCUUCAUUCUUGGAUAAUUAUCUAAAGGGCAUUGGACAGGAUUUUGGCACUUUUAUUUCAGACUACCUAUUGAUGUCAUUUACCUGGGGCGUAGAGGAAUCAACAGGGACUUUGAGUGUUCACUUUUCUCAAAAUCUUCUAAAAAUAUCAGAAGUUCUGAAUUUUGAAUCUAGGAAAUUUUUUAAUAUUUUAAGCCUGUUUAAAGAAAGUAUCAGUGAUCUUUUUCUGCUAGACUACAUUACCGUGAUAAGGAUGCGUUGCUAGUGUCUUGUAUAGUCAUGAAGCUGCUUAUGCAUGAUUCAAUAUUACAUGAGUAUCGAGUAGAUACUGUGUGUUGCAUCAUAUCAUUCAUGACAUCGAGAUUUCAAACAUGUUUCCUACUUCACUAAGAAUUGGGGAUGGUUCUUAUGACUUAAUAAGUGAUCCAGAGAAUGGGCAAUUAUGAAUACAAUUAUGGAGUCUUAUUUUGGUUGAUGCAAGCAUUUAUCCAUGGACCAUGGUCAUUCAUCAGUCUUUUGCUAUUUAGCGGUCAUUGAAGCCUAUAACCUAAGCAAACAAGCUUUUAGGUAAGCCUGCUAUUUUGAAUUAGAAUAUUGGAGAAAUGCUGCAUUCCUUUUGUUUUGUAUGCAUGUAAAGCACGCAUAUGUUUUCGAUCCUUUGGAGAAACUUCAGUGAACUAGAAUCAGUUUUUAUCAUUUUUUUUUUUUUUAAAUUGUGUUGUUUUUGUUUGUGUUUCAUGCCAUGGCUGCAUUUGAACAUGUUUCCAUAAACCAUGGAUGGAUUGGCUAAGUUCAUCCCAAAUUCCUGUGUUUACACAAUAAUAUCAGGUGUUCUGAUCUGUAAGAUCUGGAUAUAGAUGCAUGUGCUCCUUAAGGCAACAGAGUUUCGCGAGGUGUAAGGCUACUAAAGGAAAUGUUGUCUAGUUAGUUAUUCAGAAUUUCUGAUAUUCUUUCUGGUAUUUUGAGAUCAGUGAACACUCUUUGAAGGUGUUAUUGAUUAUUUUUUUUGGCCUCAUACUGAAUUGCUCUGCAAGGUAGACAACUGGGAAUGGAAGAUAUCUUGAUAACUGGUCUGCUGAUUUAAGUGUAUCCAUUACAACUUGCGAAAACACAGCAUCUGAAGUUCUUGUAAUUGAUAUUUAGGGAUGGAAAGACCAGGAUGAUUGGGAGAAUUUGUAGAAUUUGUUUUAAUUCUUUUGUUUCCUUUUCCAUAUUUGCAAAUUCAUAUAUGUAUUUGGUGUUGAUUUCCUUUUCUGGUGUUGGUGUGAA